CUUCUUAAACCCGUCAUCUUAAUGUUGAGGCGAGAUUGAAGGUGGAUGCGAAUUCCAUGGCUGCCACCACCACAUCCAGCUGCUCCGGCUUCUUCACUCUGCGAUCAAACUCUGGGGAAUCGAGGGCCCGAUCCUCCUCCUCGUCGUCGAGCCAGCCCUCUGCGGCUGGUUGCGGAAAGCUCGACGGUGUGGCCAUGUGGUUCAUCAAUGGAGUUUCUACUGCUUUCUUCGCAUCCUUGGAGCGUUGCUCCUGCAUCCGCGUCGCCACCGAAGAAGACAUCGAAGAAUCCAACGACGUGCCGUUGAUCCUCAACGAUGGUAAUCUCCGCCGUGACGGGGGCGGCACCGCCAGCCGCAGAAGGAAUCCAGGUAAAACAAAGAAAAAUGGAGGAGUACUCGCCGAUGAAGACGUCUGAUUAUAUACGUAUUGCAUAGUGACGAUUGACGAAACAAAUACACCUGAGCAAGAUCAACUUCUUUUUCCAUGGUGAGUCGUCAUAAAUAUAUAUUGGGAAUUGUCAAUUGUGCCGCUGGAAGCUUAUGUUUUGGAAAAUGAAACUGAAGAGUAACUUUGUUCAUUGUUGAUUGCAUGCCUUUCAAUACGAGAUAAAUCAAGUAUGGUUCAUAUGUAUUCUAAUAAAGUAUAUCACCUGUCUUUUUCAUAUGAAUUAUCGUUAUUUCUGAAGAAACUAGUCAUCAGUAUAUUUGUUUUGCACAGUUUAAUUAUGUCCAAAUCUAAUAUUUUUUGCUCAAU